GAGGCAGGCUCGGCUGCGCGCCGCGAGGCUCGGCCCGGCGCCCGCCCGGCAGGGGGAGGGGAAUCUCCCGCCAUUUUUCAAUCCUCCCGCCCGGGUCCCGCCGCCGCCGGGGCCGUCGCGCGGAUCCGCCGGCUCCGGCCGGGCCCCUGCAUCGCCGCGCCAUGGCGCCGCUGCUCGGCCGCAAGCCCUUCCCGCUGGCCAAGGCGCCGCCGCCGGGGGAGCCCGGGGAGCGGUUCGUCAUCCCCCACACGCAGGAGGCCUUCCGCACCCGCGAAGAGUAUGAAGCGCGUUUAGAGAGGUACAGCGAGCGAAUAUGGACGUGCAAAAGCACAGGAAGCAGCCAGCUGACGCACAAAGAGGCUUGGGAGGAGGAGCAGGAAGUUGCUGAGCUCUUGAAGGAGGAGUUUCCCAUCUGGUAUGAGAAACUGGUACUGGAAAUAGUCCACCACAACACCGUGUCUUUGGAGAAGUUGGUGGAUGCAGCUUGGCUCGAGAUCAUGACCAAAUUUGCAGUGGGAGAAGAGUGUGACUUUGAGGUUGGUAAGGAGAAAAUGCUGCCUGUGAAAGUUGUGAAAAUACAUCCCCUGGAGAAAGCUGAUGAAGAGGCCUCAGAAAAGAAAUCUGAUGGAGCCUGUGAUUCCCCCUCCAGUGACAAGGAGAACUCCAGCCAGGCAGCCCAGGACAAUCAGAAGGAAGCUAUCCUGAAGGAGGAUGACAACAGGAGGGACAGUAUGAGCGAUCGAGCACGUAGGUCUCCUCGAAAGCUUCCCACUUCUUUGAAGAAGGAGGAAAGGAAAUGGGUUCCACCUAAAUUCCUGCCGCACAAAUACGACGUCAAGCUGAAAAAUGAAGACAAGAUCAUCAGCAAUGUACCAGCAGACAGCUUGGUCCGCACAGAGCGUCCUCCCAACAAGGAGAUCCUGAGGUACUUCAUCCGGCACAACGCGCUGCGGGCUGGCACGUGCGAGAACGCCCCGUGGGUGGUGGAGGAUGAGCUAGUGAAGAAAUACUCUCUCCCCAGUAAAUUCAGUGACUUCUUGCUUGACCCACAUAAGUAUAUGACUCUCAAUCCCUCAACCAAGAGGAAGAGCUCUCGGUCACCUGACAGAAAGCCUUCCAAGAAAUCCAAAGCUGAUGGAGCAUCCCUGAGCCAGCCACUGAGCCCUACUCUGUGGUGCCACGUGCAUUUGGAGAAAUCUAUUAUUGGCUCUCCCCUGAAGGUGAAAAACUCUAAGAAUUCAAAAUGUCCUAAAGAGGAGCUGGAAGAGGUGAUGAAAAUCGUGUCGCCUGCUAAACUUGGUUCUAACUUCCACAUUCCAAAGAGGAGCCGACUGGGGAAGGGCAGCAACAAAUCCCUGGACAAAAAGCAAAGAGGCAAAAGGGUUCUGAAUGGGCAGAAGUCAUCAGGGAAAUCUAAGUCUCCCAGGAAAGGCUUGAAGACCCCAAAAAUGAAAAUGAAACAAAUGACACUGCUGGACAUGGCUAAAGGCACCACUAAGGUGUCCAGGGCUCCCAGGACUUCUGGAGGCACGCCUAGGUCUUCCAGCAAACCCCAGAAACACCUGCCUCCUGCAGCACUCCAUCUCAUUGCCUAUUACAAAGAGAACAAAGACCGGGAAGACAAGAAGAGCGCCCUGUCCUGCAUCAUCUCCAAGACGGCCAGGCUGCUGUCCAGCGAGGAUCGCGCCCGCCUGCCCGAGGACCUGCGCGGCCUGGUCCAGAAACGCUACGAGCUGCUGGAGCACAGGAAGAGAUGGGCCACCAUGACAGAGGAGCAGAGAAAGGAGUACAUGAAAAAGAAAAGGGAGAAGCUGAAAGAGAAACUGAAGGAGAGAGCGAAGGAGCGGAAGGAGAAGGAGAUGAAGGAAAAGCUGGAGAAACAGAAAAGAUUUGAGGACCAGGACCUCAAAGGGAAGACCUUGCCUGCUUUUAAACUGGUUGAUACUCCAGAAGGGCUCCCCAACACACUCUUUGGGGACGUGGCCAUGGUGGUGGAGUUCCUGAGCUGUUACUCGGGGCUGUUGAUGCCAGACGCUCAGUAUCCCAUCACGGCGGUUUCCCUGAUGGAAGCGCUUUGUGCAGAGAAGGGAGGGUUCCUGUAUUUGAACCGAGUGCUGGUCAUUCUGCUGCAGACCCUGCUGCAGGAUGAAAUUGCUGAAGAUUAUGCUGAGCUGGGAAUGAAGCUGUCUGAAAUACCCCUCACUCUGCAUUCUGCUUCUGAGUUGGUUCGGCUCUGCCUCCGCAAGUCCGACGUGCAAGAGGAGAGCGAGGUGUCGGACAACGUAGACGAAAGCAAGGACUCGGCAGCUUUUGAGGACAAUGAAGUUCAGGAUGAGUUUUUGGAGAAACUGGAGACAUCAGAGUUCUUCGAGUUGACUCCUGAGGAGAAGCUGAGGAUACUCGGGGCUCUGUGCCACAGGAUUCUGAUGACUUACUCGGUGCAGGACCACGUGGAGGCCAAGCAGCAGGCGUCGGCCGAGCUGUGGAAGGAGCGGCUGGCUGUCCUGAAGGAGGAGAACGACAAGAAGAGAGCUGAGAAACAGAAGCGAAAAGAAAUGGUGGCCAAGAACAAGGAGAAUGGGAAAGAGGAGAACAUGAUGGGGAGAAAUGAAAAGAAAAAAGAGAUGAUGAAAAUAGAGCACCGGGUGGAGAUAGAAGCCGACGACAUGAUCAGCGCCGUGAAGAGCAGGCGCCUGCUGGCCAUCCAGGCCAAGAAAGAGAGGGAGCAACAAGAAAUACAAAUGAGAGUGAGGAUGGAGAAAGAAGCAGAGGAAGAAAGAAUCCGGAAGCAUAAGGCUGCAGCUGAGAAGAGUUUCCAGGACGGCAUUGCCAAGGCAAAGCUGGUGAUGCGCAGGACCCCGGUGGGCACCGACCGCAACCACAACAGGUAUUGGCUGUUUUCAGAUGAGGUUCCUGGCUUAUUCAUUGAGAAAGGCUGGGUGCAUGACAGUAUAGACUACAGAUUCAUCCUUCCCCACCAGAAAAAAGAAGAUUUGAAAAAAGAGCACAGCCCAGGAGACAAGCGGAAGAGCGCAGCUGCCGAGGGCAGGGGCAGCAAACUCCACCGCUCUGUGCACGCUGCAGACCUUCCUGCAGAGACCACUGCACCCAAGCAGGGACAGAACUUAUGGUUUCUCUGUGACAAUCAGAAGGAUUUGGAUGAGCUGCUGAAUUGCCUGCACCCACAAGGAGUAAGAGAGAGUGAGCUAAAGGAGCGUUUGGAAAAGAGGUAUCAAGACAUCACCCAUUCCAUCCAUUUGGCUCGGAAACAGAACUUGGGCCUCAAAUCCUGUGACGGCAACCAGGAGCUGCUGAACUACCUCCGCAGCGACCUCAUUGAGGUUGCGACUCGGCUGCAGAAAGGAGGCCUGGGAUAUGUUGAUGUGACACCAGAGUAUGAAGCAAGAGUGUACUCACUAGAGAGCUUGAAGGAUUUUGGAGAGUGUGUGAUUGCACUCCAAGCUGGUGUGGUUAAGAAGUUUCUGCAAGGUUUCAUGGCCCCCAAGCAAAAGAGAAGGAAACAUCAAGGAGAGGACUACAUUGCCAAGGCUGAAGAGAUAGAUGAAGACAAGAAAAUGGCAGAAGAAGCUAAGGUUGCCUCUGCCAUGGAGAAGUGGAAGGCAGCAAUCCGUGAGGCUCAGACCUUCUCCCGCAUGCACGUGCUGCUGGGGAUGCUGGACGCCUGCAUCAAGUGGGACAUGUCCGCGGAGAACGCGCGCUGCAAAGUGUGCCGCAGGAAAGGUGAGGAUGACAAGCUGAUCCUCUGUGAUGAGUGUAACAAAGCCUUCCACCUGUUCUGCCUGAGACCAGCUCUCUACGAGAUCCCCGACGGGGAAUGGCAGUGCCCAGCGUGCCAGCCUUCCACUGCCAGGCGCAGCUCACGGGGCAGGAACUAUGCAGAGGAUUCUGCUGAAGAUGAAGGUGAUGAAGGUGAGGAAGCUUCUGAUGAACCUGAUGCUGAGGAGGAAGAGGAGGAGGAAGAAGAUUAUGAAGUUGCUGGUCUGAAAUUGAGACCCAGAAGGGCAGCCCGUGGCAAGCAGAGCACAGCCAUGUACUCCUCGAGGCAGGGGAGGCACCAAAGGAAGAAGCAGCCCCUGCAGCCUGGCAGGGCAGCCCGGCAGCGGGCUGUGCCCCUCAAUGGCGCAGACAUCGAUGAGCUGGUCCUUCAGACAAAGAAGGCGGCUCGUCGCCAGAACCUCGAGUUGCAGAAGUGUGAGGAAAUCCUCAGCAAGCUGAUCAAGUACCGCUUCAGCUGGCCCUUCAGGGAGCCAGUGACCACGGAGGAAGCUGAGGAUUACUUUGAGGUCAUCAGCAGCCCCAUGGACUUCCAGACCAUGCAGAGCAAGUGCUCGUGCGGGGAUUACCGCUCGGUGCAGGAGUUCCUGGCCGACAUCAAGCAGGUGUUCUCCAACGCAGAGUGCUACAACCAGAACGGCAGCCACGUCCUGGCCUGCCUGGAGAAGACAGAACAGUGCUUGAUUGACAUGGUGCACAAACACCUGCCUGGCCACAGCUACACACGCAGGAGACGCAGGCAGCUGCCUGCCAGGGGCCAGGGACUGGAGGAGCAGGAGGGGGACAGCGAGCCGGAGCCCCUCGACCAUUCCCGGGGGCGGAAGAAGAAGAAGUGAGGGGAUGGGGAGACCGAAGGGGAGAGCCAGGGCUGGAGCAGGCCCCGUGCUGCCAGGCAGCUGGCUGGGUUGUGUGGAGGGAGCUGGGCAGCAGCGAGGCCCUGCUCUGGGCUCCAGCCUCCCCUUUGGCCUCUCCUCGCUUCGUUUCUGCUGCCGGUUCCCGCGGCGCUGGCUCAGCCCCUGGAGCCGCCAGAGGCGACUUUGCUGCUUCCUGCAGCAACGGCCACACAGCUCUGCAGGAGCCUGGCCUGCUCCCAGGGCAAGGGAGGAGGAGGAGGAGGGCAAGGGGAAGGCCUGGCCAAAGCCAGGCUGGGCGAGGGAGCACAAAGGCUUCCUCCAGCUCGGGCAGCGGCCGCCUGGGGCUGGUGUCGGUGGAGGGGCGGGAGGGGUGUGCUGAGGCCACGGGGCUGCCAGGCCGUGUAUGUAUAUAUUUAUCUGGUGUUCCAGGUGGGGCCCCGAGGAAGGGCUGCAGGGGGUGAGCAAGCACUUAGAGGCCUGGAGCCGUGGCACUCACCAGCAUCCCCACUCCAUCAGCUUCCAGGUGCUUUUGCUUUUCCCCUCCCUCUCCCCCUCUCUGUUCCUGGGAUGUGAUCUCUGGAGGUCGUGCUCUGAGAAGGAUCCUCCUGAGCUCAGCCCUUCCCACACCACGGCAGAGGGGGCAGUUGGCUCCCUCCUCAGCUGGAGCAGCAGGGAGCUGGUGCCCUCUGGGUGAGCAGGGCCAGGGGCAGCCCCAGGGAGCAGCAGGAGCAGGCUCUCUGGAGCUCUGUAAAGGAGUUCCCUGUUUCCAGCUGUGACCUUGUACAGAGACCCCCUGUAAGAUACUGUUGUCUUGCUUUGGCACAUGUACAGUUUAUAUGAAAUCACAGUGGCUUUCUAUUUUUUUCCCCCUUCUUUACAACUCAUUUUCCUACCAGUAGCUGGAGUCACACCCAGGGACUUGCUGGCAGGGGGUGUCCCAGUCCCAGUCCAGCCACUCUCACCAUGUUUUAUAGGAACACCUUCCCCAGCACCUCCCAGCCACCCCCACCCUGCUCCUGCUGCCCCACACUUGGCUUUUCUCUCAGGAGAGGGGUGUUUUCAUCACCCCUCCCUCUCCUCAACAGGUUUGGAUCCUACAGUCAGGGCUUGAACUGCUUUUUUUCCUGAGCUAGGAGUCUUCAGUUUGGAACCAAACCGGCCCCAGGGCUGCUCUCUGCUGGCUUUUGAAGAGCAAAAGCAGCUGUUGCAGCUCCUGUGAGUGGAGAGGGAGAAGAAGUCAGUGGUGAAGCCCUGCAGCCCCGUGUGGGGAACCUCCUACUCUGUUUUGAACAGGUCCUGGGCUCAGGUCUGGCCUGUGGCUGGCUGCACACACCAGGCAGCUCCCCAGCCCCUUCCCCUCUCCCCAGCCUCAGCUCCCUGCCCCACAGCACAGCACUGACCUUUGCCUUUCACACGGCCCCUUCAGAGCCUUCCUUUUGUCCUGGGCAGAGAGAACGUUUUCUGCAGGGUCUUACCCCAGUGAAACCUUGGGAACUCUUUGGUUUUUAACACAUAAAUGUCAUUGU